AUGAUCUAUCCUAAAGCGCAGCAGAAAGUCUACGGGGUACCUCCCCAGCAUAAGAAAGUGAUAAAAGCCGCCGUGAUCAAUUUCAUUCUCCUACAGCUUCUCUUCCUAGGCCUAUUCUGCUACCUAUUUGGCUCUCUCUUCCAACAGACAACACAUAUGCAUAAUCUCAAUGUGGCCUUUAUUGAUUAUGAUAAUAACGGAACAAUCGGCGCCGCAGUCCGUUCGGCCUACUCGACCCUCAAAGGCCCUACAUUCCCGACCCUCACCGAGCAUUCGCCGGCACAGUAUCCCCAGCCAGUCGAUAUUGUCUCUUCAGUGUGCAGCAUCCAGUACUGGGGCGGGCUGUACAUCACAGCCAAUGCGUCGAACCGGGUGUCGGCAGCGUUGGUAAGCGGGACAGAAUACAACACGACCGACAUCAUGUUCUUUGCCUGGAACGAAGCGCGGUAUCCGACUGUGGUGGACUCCUUGGAAGAGGAGAUGCAAAUCCUCGCCGAGGCCGCACGGGUGGUCUAUUCCACGCCGCAGAGGAUCCUGACCGUCAACCACACGGACCAGAUCUCCGUGCAGUCAUUUGUGAAGCCGUGGGUGUUGUCAGCGAUCAACAUCCAACCAACCACUCAAGGCUCCCGGCUGAUCUACAACACGCUGGUCAUCAUCCUGAUCCUGAUCCAAGAGUUCUUCUACUUGGGGUACAUCAACGGCCUGCACCAGCAGUUCCAGCUGUACCUUUCACUGCCCGUACAGCGGGUGACGAUGAUCCGCGUGUUGUUGUCCGUCACCUAUACCCUGGUCGGCUCGCUGUGCACGACGGGGGCCAUCUGGGCGUUUCGCCACGGCUGGCAGGUGAACGGGGCCCAGUUUGUGCUGACGUGGAUGGUUCUGUGGCUGUUUGCGCAUCUCAACUUUCUCGUCCUCAACAUCUUCACCAUCUGGAUCUUGCCGCCAUUUGUGCCCAUGGCACUCAUCUCCUGGAUCAUCCUCAACGUCACCUCCAUCCUGUUGCCAUUUGAGCUGUCCCCAGCGUUCUAUAAAUGGGGGUACGCCCUGCCGGCGCACAGCGUGUUUCAGGUCCUGGUCGACAUCUGGUCGGGCGGGUGUAAUCCCCAGCUCGACUAUGCGUUGCCUGUCCUGUUUGUCUACGAGCUUGUCGGCCUGGCGUUGAGUGUGCUGGGGGUCUAUCGCCGGACCCAUUACGCUGUGCUUGCGAGGGAGGCGGAGAUGCGCCGGUUUAGUCAGAGUCAGAAUCAACCUGAAACAGGCGCAGAAACAGGAACAGAGACAGAGCUAAGCAGGAGCGAGACUGGGAUGGCUCUGUCAGAAAUACCGACGGUGGAACGCACAGCCAGUCGACGGAACGAGCCUUGUUUUGAGCUGUUAGUAUAG